AUGCCUGCUGUCGUUGUUGAACGAGCGAUUUUACCAACAGAAAUGCGCGAUGCAUUGAAAAAACACAUUUUACGUGAACGACAACGAAAGAAAGAAGAAGCUGAUGCCAAUGAAGCCGAUAAACAAAGAAGACGGGAAGAAAAGGCUAAAGCACUAUCAUCAUCAAAAGUUCAAUUAGAAGACAACGCGAAAGACAUCCUUCAACUCGAACGAACAAUAGCUGAAUUACAACAACAGAAAUCUGAACAGUACAGCUUGUUGAAACGUGCCCUGACUGAAGAAGAUCGUCGGAAACAGUCCCAACAGCCAUUAGCAAAAGAACCAUCAUGGACAAGUCUUUAUUCACCAAAUCCGCAAAUGGCGCAAUAUGCUCAUCAUCCCCAGCAUUACCUCUCGACUCAACCAUCGCACCGUUUAUUAGCAUAUAAACCACCACCACAACCUCCUCAACCGCAAUCAUUCAUUCCAACAACGAGCGCAACCAAUGUUGCCUCGAAACGUCCACGAAGUCCAUCAUCAUCCCAUAUUUAUUCAUCUCCAUCAGGCAAAUCAUCACGAUCAUCACAUGUUUCACAAAUGCAUCCAAGACCACCCAGUCCAGGUUCCAUGUAUUCCCAGUCAUCAUCUCAAGUUUCUCGCAAUGCAACUGCGGGAUCUGCUGUUGGUUACUCUCCACAAACACAAUCGGCAUUUUCAGCAUAUCUUAGUUAUAUUUCGCCAUCUGCUGUUGCUGCUGCAGCAGCAUCUGCUUCGUAUGCUAAUCAAAUGCCACGUAUUCGAGGGCCAGCACAAAUGCCAAACUAUAUGAAUACAUUGCCCUUUUUACCUCAAUCGAUGGUCGAUGCAAAACAACAACAACAACAACAACAAGCAAAUGUUUAUUCUCAUCAUCAGAUGUUAAUGUCAUCUAAAAACGAUCGAAUCUAUUAUCGUGUAACGAGAAUGAACAGUCACUUAUUAUCAGAUGCAACAUCUUUCAAUGAUCGGGAGUCAGACGAGCAAGAAAUUCGAAAGCGACUGUUGACCAACUCACCGGACGCAUCACCUGAUGAUUCUGAACAAGGCACGACCGAUGAUCUAAUCGACUCCAUGCUUGAAGUUCCGACGAAAUGCGUUGAACAAGCCAAAGAAGUUGGUAAAUUUGUCGUUGAUUACGUCGUCGAUCAUAGUCAUCUUCCGCAUUGGCUUAUUGACAAUGAAUUCUUACUGUCGGGACAUCGGCCACCUAUGCCAAGUGUCAAACAAUGUUUCGCAUCGAUCUUUCGUUUACAUACUGAAACAGUGAAUAUCUGGACGCAUCUUCUUGGAACACUAGUUUUCGUUGUGAUUGCCAUUUAUUUCCUCUCUCGGCCAACUAGCGAAGUGCACUUUGAAAAGAAAAUGAUUUUUGGUGCAUUCUUUCUUGGCGCUAUCAUAUGUUUACUUUGCUCAACAUUGUAUCAUACACUGUACUGUCAUUCGCCAAAAAUAUCCAAAUUUUUUAGCAAACUUGAUUAUUGUGGUAUAGCCAUUUUAAUUAUUGGUUCGGUUGUUCCAUUACUGUAUUAUCAGUUCUAUUGUGAAUUUGGAACGAAAAUUAUUUAUCUAUCGUUGAUUGGUUUACUGGGAAUUGCAUGUAUUGUUAUCUCAAUGUGGGAUCGAUUCGCAUCAUCAGAUUAUCGAGUAUAUCGUGCUUUACUAUUUAUUACCUUUGGCGUCUUUGGUUUUAUUCCAACUUGUCAUUUUAUUUUAAGAUUUGGAUUCGAACAUGCUUUUACAGCUGGUGCAAUUCAAUAUCUUUUCUUAGUGGGUGCAUUGUAUAUUAUUGGUGCUGCUCUUUACGCCGCUCGUAUACCAGAACGAUUAGCGCCUGGUCUCUUCGAUAUUUGGUUUCAAAGUCAUCAAUUGUUUCAUGUAUUUGUUGUGGCUGCAGCUUGUGUCCAUUAUUAUGGCAUCUGUAUUUUAUCCCAAAACCAAACAACGUAUUUUGGCGACUGUCAAUCAGAUAUUUUAACGUCUAGUACUAGCUCACUUGCUUCGCUGAUCAAUUGA